UGCCUCUGGGAAGAUGGCGGCGCUCAUCAGGUUGUCCCGGUAUGUCCAGCGGCUGCCGCUGUCUCACUGCCUGCGCCCCGGCCUCUCCGUCGGACACAGGGGACCCGGUAACGGCGUCGUUGCUCAACAUCCCGGCGGCUGUUGCACCAGCUUUUGCAGAUCUCUGAACAGCAAUGUGCACUUGUGUGCUGUUGCCACGGAGCAGAUGACACCUGCCAAAAAUGAAGGAAGCACAGCGGUUCGAGCCAAACAGGCUAUGCAAUUUGACUGGGCCUUGAACAAGUUGGACUCAUCUGUUCGAAGAACAGGUCGUAUCACGAAAACCCUACUGUUGAAGAUUUUUCAUGACAUUUGUCGAACAGGCUUCCCUAGUGGCAAUCAAGCCUUGCUGCUGCUGCGUAGCUGCGGCUCUCUGCUCCCAGAGAUGCAGCUGCCAGAAAGAACAGAUUUGGCUCACAGAAUCUGGGACAAACUACAAGAGCUAGGUGCUGUUUAUGAUGUGAGCCAUUACAAUGCAUUGCUGAAAGUCUAUCUUCAGAACGAGCACAAGUUUUCACCAACUGAUUUUCUGGCAAAAAUGGAAUCUGCAAAUGUUCAACCUAACAGAGUUACUUUCCAGAGACUGAUAACAGCAUAUUGUAAUGAAGGAGAUAUUGAGGGUGCAAGUAAGAUCCUAGGCUUCAUGAAGAGUAAGGAUCUACCAAUUACAGAAGUGGUGUUCAAUUCACUGGUGACAGGACAUGCGCGGGCUGGUGACAUGGAAAGUGCAGAGGGUAUUCUAACAGUGAUGAGUGGUGCAGGAAUUGAACCCGGACCAGAUACCUACAUUGCACUGCUGAAUGCAUACGCUGAAAAGGGAGAUAUUGAGAACAUGAAACAGACACUGGAGAAAGUUGAAAAGACAGAUGCUAGCCUGAUGGACAGGGACUUGAUGCAAAUUAUCUUCAGCCUGGCCAAGUCUGGCUAUCCACAAUAUGUUCAGGAUAUUGUGGAGCGGAUGAGACUUGACAGGGGAUAUGUACCAGAUGCAAUGAAUCUAUGUUUGAGCCUGAUUACACAAGGUUUGGAAGAAGUUGCUUUCCAGGUGCUGAAAACCUUUCCCACAUUGCAGUCUGAGAACCAAAAUGGCAAUUCAUUAGACCUUGGUAACUUCUUCAUCCGGCACUGUAUUAACCUAGAUAAGCCAGUAGACAAAUUGUGUCACUUCUGUGAGGAACUAAAGGAGGCCAAUUUGCAUUCAACUCCUUUCCAGUUUGCUCUUCACUGUGCGCUGGAUGCCAGAAAAUCUGGAAUGUCAAUUGCGCUCAUGACGAUCAUGCAGAAGAAAGGUUUACCUGUUAGGCCCCAUUACUUUUGGCCUGUGCUAGCCCAACAUCAGAAAGACAAGAACAUACAAGGGACCAUAGAAGUACUGAAAGCCAUGCAGAAUCUAGGAGUAGAACCUGAUGUGGAAACUUAUGCAAACUACGUGCAGUCAUCAUUUGACAGCGUUGAGGUAGCUCGUACCCAGCUUGAGGAAAAUGGAUGUCUGGUCAACACAAUGGGAUUUUAUACUUCAGGACUCAGAACAGAAGCUUUAAACGGACAUUUGGACAAGGUUUAUUCUAUGUUAUCGUUGCCGACAAAUCCUGCAGUGGAUUUAAGUAGCUUCAGAGGCAGUCUUAUUUUAGGAUUUAAAAGGUCUAAAGAUAUUGAUUUACUCGCCAAGAUAACAGAAUUGUUGUACAAAGAUGAGCGUUAUUGCCAGAAUUCUCCAGGACCGACUGAAGCUGUUGGCUAUUUUCUUUAUAACUUGAUUGACAGCAUGGGUGACUCUGAGGUGCAGGCCAAGGAGGAGCAUUUGAGACAAUACUUCCAUCAGCUGAACAAGAUGGAUAUAGUAAUCCCAGCAAAUAUCUACAGAGGAAUUCGCAAUUUGUUGGAUGCUUACCAUGUUCCUGAGUUAAUUAAGGAUGUCAUUGUUUUGGUGAAUGAACAGGAUAAACUGACUGCUGCUGACCUCCCAAAAGGGUCCGAGGCUAAAAUUGUUGCCAUAGAAACAAGAUUGGCAGAGCUAAAAAUGGAGAAAAAACCUAUUGGAGAAACAUUGAAGCAACUGAUCCUAUUGCUUUGUGGGGCUGAGAAUAUGCAAAAAGCCCUUGAAGUGAAAGCUCAGUAUGAAUCGGACAUGGCUAUCGGUGGCUACGCUGCACUAAUAAAUCUUUGCUGUCGACACGAUAAUGCAGAAGAGGCAUUGAACCUGAAACAAGAAGUGGAACGUAAAGAUUCCUCUGUUACCCUUGACGCAAAUAAGUACUUGGCACUUGUGAGGGUCCUAGCCAAGCAUGGUAAAUUAGAAGAAGCUAUUCUAAUCCUAAAGGAGAUGAAAGAGAAAGAGGUUGUUCAAAGAGACACAACGAUCGCUUCGUUCUUCCAUAUCCUGAAUGUUGUAGCCGUGAAGGGAGAAGCAGAUACAGUGAAACAGCUACAUGAAUCCAUUGUGAAUUUGGGGUUGGCCAAGCCUACUGCUAACCUGUGUUCGCCGCUGAUUGGAGUCCAUCUUGAUCAGGGGAAUCUACCUGCUGCACUAGAUGCAAUUAUUGAUUGUCACAAGAAAUAUGGCCAGCUGCCUAGGCUUCAUGAUGUUUUGUGCAAGUUGAUCGAGCAGGGAGAUGCUGAUCGCUUACAGAAAGCUAUGGAUUUUGUAAACCAGGAGCGAGGUGAAAUGACAAUGCUGUAUGACCUCUUUUUCGCUUUUCUUCAGAGUGGGAAAUACAAAGAGGCCAGAAAAAUUAUCGAGACUCCUGGCUUGAGAGCCCGUCCAGGGAGGCUGCAGUGGUUUGCAGAUAAAUGCACAGCCACAAAUCAAGUUGAAACACUUGAGAACAUGGUGGAAAUGACCCAGAAGCUAUUUGAAUGUGAUCGGGAUCAGAUGUACUAUUAUCUUCUGAGGCUUUUCAAGGAAAAUAAUGACUGGCGGAAAGCUGAUGCAACAUGGACCAAAAUGCAGGAAGAAAAUGUGAUACCCCGAGAGAGAACACUCCGAUUACUUGCUGAAAUACUCAAGACCAAUGGUCAAGAGAUUCCAUUUGAAGUUCCUGAGAUAUGGUAUGAGGAUGCUGCCAGAUCCACUUCAUCUGCUACUCUCAGUCAAGCUACACAAAUAAAAGCUACCGAUUUGCCUGUUGAUUCUGCCAGUGACUAUCAGCGCAGACUGCUAAUACUUUCCAAGAGGAACAAUAUUCAAGAAGCCCAAAAUGUGUUCCUGGAAGCUGAAAAGAAGGGUCUUGCAUUCAGCGCAGCUGCUUAUUCAAGCUUCAUAAACACUCUUCUGAGUCACGGGUUAUUGGAAGAAGCCAUGGAUGUCAAAAACAGAGUUGAGACCCGCAUCAAGGGCUUUACACUGAACGACGCUGCCAACAGCCUACUCAUCAUAACGCAAGUUAGGCGGGAUAAUCUGAAAGAUGCUGUUUCUACCCUGAAAGAGAUGUUGCAAGUUAAUCAAGUGCCCAGCCAGCUCGCUGUUUCACGGCUUGUCCAAGCUCUGGCCUCCAAAGGUGAUGUGGAGAAAAUUCAAUCUGUGGAACAAUUGAUGGAAAACCUGGCAUGGCCUAUCAAUUUGUCCCGGAUGCUAUUUAUCAAUAACUUAGUCCUGGCUCACAUAAAGAAUAAUAAUAUUGACAGAGCUGUGGAAUACAUUGAGCCAUUCUACAUUCCAGGAGAAAAUAGUUCUCAGCAGCAAGCAACUAAUAUGUCCUAUGUCUUCCGAAAGGUAUUAGGGGAAAAUUAUAAAGAAGCGAUAGACAAAUUGAGUGCCAUGGCUGAACGGUUAGCUCAACAUUUUGACGUGUAUAAGCCUGUGAUGGAUCUCUUCCUACAAUAUAUGGAUCUAGACAAAACAGAAGAAGCCAAAUUGCUUUUGCAGAGGUGCCCUGCAAUUGCAGAACAGAAAAGAAACUUGGUUUCAUUCAUUACUAGGACUGCACAAAAACCUGGGCAGGCUCACAAGAUCAUUGGGCUGCUUGACCUGAUCAAAGAUUUUCCAGAAAAAGAAAUUGCAUAUUCAUAUCUAAUGAAAUGUUAUGCAUUAGACAAUGAUGUGAUGUCUGCAAAGGCUUUGUACGAAAAAGUUAAAGAAGAAAAGAUGAUACCAGAUGAGAUGUUUCUGAAGCGUCUUGCUGUGCUUUUGAAAAGUUCAGGGGAAUCUCUCCCUUUCACGGAGCCCCCUGAAAGUUUUAAAUUUUAUGCAGAGAAGCUGAAGCGAGAAAAGGCAGCAGAAUCUUCUGAUGAAAACUAAGAUAAAGAUUGGAGCUAUCGGACAUUUUUAUAUUUUUGAUGAGCCAAUUCUUGAUGAAUGUGUGUAUUUCUGAAAUAUGGUGACUUUAACUUUAUGUUUGACUGUACAGGAGUAUUUAAUGUGACAAAUAAAGGUUCAGAGGAGACAAA